AUGGUGGACUCAUCAUCAGAUGGUUCAAUUUCCACACGAACAAUUGAUGGAGCACUGGAAUUGUUUGAAAGAAUGGCUACCACUUCAGCCAUGGGGUCCUCUGAGCGAGUGAUUCAGAAGAAGCCUUCGGGUGUCUAUGAGGUAGGUGCAUAUUCAACCAUAUCUGCGAAGAUUGACUCGUUGUUUCACAAGGUAGAAAGCAUAUCACAAACAACACAAAAUAAGAAGAUUAGCUGUGAAGAAUGUGGAGCUGAGCAUAAAACAUCAGAGUGUCCAAUUUUAAUGCAAGGAGUUGAACAGACAGAUUUUGUUCAAUGGGGUCAACGCCAACAAAAUAACCCACAUUCAGAAACCUUCAAUCAAGGGUGGAGAAAACAUCCAAACUUCUCGUGGAGUAAUCAGAAUCAAAACAUACCACAAGUAUAUGGAAGCCAACAACCAGUUUAUGCGAAGGACAAAAGCAACUCUUUAAGACCAAAGUGCAGGGAUCAAGAAUCAAGACCAAAGUGCAGCGAUCAAGAAUUUGGAGACACAAAUGGGACAGAUGGCAAUCUCUAUGACGGACCAGGUGUGACUGUAGAGACAUCCUUCCCUGCUGAAGAUGAGACUGCUGUAAAGGAAUCAACUCCAGGGGAAAAUUCAGAAAAAUCACAGGAUAAGGCCAAGGUUACAGUCAACCCAUACGAGCCUCCAAUUCCCUUUCCACAGCGGUUGAAUAAGCAUAAAAUGGAGCAGCAGUACAAGAAAUUUCUAGAAGUCUUCAAAAAGCUUCAUAUCAACAUCCCACUAGCCGAUGCACUAUUACAAAUGCCCAGCUAUGCAAAAUUUCUAAAAGACAUAUUAUCAAAUAAACGCAAGCUGGAGGAUCAUGAAACAAUAAUGCUAACCGAAGAGUGCAGUGCAAGAAUUCAGAAAAAGCUUCCACCAAAAUUGAAAGAUCCAGGGAGUUUUCACUAUCCCGUGCACAAUUGGUGA